UUGCUGUUGCUGUCUGCUGCCGGUGCUACUGAUUUUGAUGACGACAAUCAUUUGCCGCGCCAUCAUUCAGUCAGCCAUAUUCGUCGUGUCGACAGGCGCAAAUUUAAAAUUUCAAUACAAAGUUGGUAGCCAAGCAGAGCGCAUGCACGUGAACGGCAGGAAAAUGCUUUAGUAAUUUAGUUUACAAGUGAUUGGUUGUUCUAUGUUGGAGUAGCAAAAAAAAAUUCCUGCAGGGUGGCAAGACUAGCCGUUGUCAUUGGAGAUCGAAUGCUUUAAUACGAACCAGAACGCGCUAAGUAGAAGAGGUGCUGUGGGCGGAAUAACAGCAGUGAUGGCAAACAGGCAUGCAAGGCAGCAAUAAUCAGCCUCAGCAUUUCCACUCGACUGCGAUAAAGAUAAAAGAAAGUGUAUUGUUAUCUUAUUGAUGAAAUUCGCCUAACAAUAGGUGAAUAACGCCAGAACAGCUGGUCACCUGCUGGCAAUAGGCUUUGAAGUCGUCCAUGCCAUUGGGGAAAACCAUCAGCCAAGCAUGCAGAGAUAUAAUGUACGGCACCAAUAAAAAACAUAUGCUACCCACUGUAGCCAUGACAUCCUGGUUGUUUGUCCUUCUCCCCGAUAUUUGGCCAUCCAUUGACAAAGUGCACAACUGGACCGUGAAACAGCCCUUCGCUGCACAAUUGCAAAUCCAUCGCAAAACAUUCAUACACACACAGCCUACGCGCAUCGCUACAAGAGCCGAAGGAAGUGCUGUCUGUCACAUGCAUGACAGCACAUUACGACAGGGAAAUGCCGGGCAUGAAUGGCUUACACCAAGUCGUGUUUUUGACAGUUUGCAUAGUCUGCACGGCCCUCAAGAAAAGACAACUCCAAGCGUUUUUAUAUCAUUUCUUUUUAUUUGUUGUUGCUAGUCGACUUCGCGGCACAGCUGUUGACGCACUUGAAAACGUGAGUUGAAACUCGCUCUGGGUCUACUACGCUCAGCAAAGUUGCGAGUUAUUUCUUCACGCUCAGAAUAUCACACCACUUUUAUAUCAACAAAGAAGAAGAAGAAGAAACAGUACAGACACAAUCAACCCUCGGCAACCAGGUGUUGGUGAUGGUGCUGUUGUUUGUUUAAGUGCGAUGAAUAGCCAGAAAAUGUUUUCUCAGCAAAAACUUGAUUUUCGCAAAACAAAGCAAACGCCAAAGAAAACGACGUAAAAAACUUGAAUGCAAACAAAACUGCUUGCCCGCUUGGCUAUCAAUGAGCGCGCCCUGCUCGGUACAGCCGUUGUUGCAUGCAUUGUUGAUGAAUGAGCAGCAACAGCGGCAGCAGCAGUAGUAGCAGCAGCAGUAGCAACAACAGCGGCAAAAUAUGUGAGCUAAGAGCACGCUGACACAGUGCGCUUGCUCUAACGCUCACGAGCACGGAAACGGAAGGUUCUUAUGUAGCAUGUCAGCAACAAUGACGGCGGCGGUGAAGUAAAAAAACAUUCCCAUAGGCAUACACAUUUACAUAAAAACGCACACACACAUCCACACUAUGUUCAUACACAUAUGUACAUAUGUACACACUCGGUUGGUGGUACGACGCUACGUAUGCGUACCCUUGCACCGCUGCGGAAGAGACUGUCGCCCCCCAUAUAUCCAUCUUCUUUUGGAAUUCGUAUAACAGUUUGCGCGCGCUGCUGCACAGAAUGAUUUCCGAUGAGGUGUGUGCAUUGGCGAGUUUCAUAGCCAGGUCAGUUGACAGUCGGCAGCGCUACAACCGAGCGAAGAGUGCUUUCUGUUUCUGUUGGUACAGUGUGAAACUAACUGGCAGACCCCCCCAAACUAGCCAACUACAGUAUUUGUGUAGCUACAGCAGCAGUCAUUCUUUUCUAAAUUAAUAUUUUUUUCCUGCUAAAAUAUUAAAGCGAAAAGUUGAUUGAAAUUAUUUUUGCAGCGGCAAAAAGUGUCAGCGACGUGUGAGUCGUCAACGGCGACGUCACAACGUCAUAACCAAAAUUAAGCAGCAGCCAUUUUGUGCCGAGAAAAAUCGUCCAAAUAGUAUCGCAUACUCAUUUGUUUGUAUAUACAUACAUACUUAGUAUAGCAAAGACAGAGCAGCGAAAUUUUUUAAUUACCAGCUAACACAACAAAAAGGUGAAGUACAAAAUCAUCAGAAAUUCAAUUGUCGGUGUGGAAUGAUGGAUAUGUGGGGCAAACGUACAUAGGGGCAGAAACUUUAAAAUAGUGGCAACGGUGGCGAUUGAGACGACUGAGACGACAACGGCGAAUACUAAACAAAACUAAAGGCAGCAGCAACAGCAACAGUGGCAGCAGCGGCAGAGACCAAGCAGUGACUCCGACUGCGGCUGCGGCUGCAGCUGAGGCUGAGGCUGUGGCGACAACGUUCUUUGUAACAAGCUCGUGAAAUUGUUGUUUUUGUUGAAAACAUUUAUCGAUCACGCGUCGAACGAAACGGAGCACUCGCUCGGCUAGCACACACGGCUAACAGCAUGGUUGUAUAAAACGAAAAAUUAAAUAUUCAUUGUCAAAUAGUAAAACGGAAACUUUGCGGUCGUAGAACAAAACGGAAAAUUGGAGAAAACACCACACACGCCCGCACGCCCGCACGCACGCACAUAAACGGACCCCGGGACAAAACAAUCGUUUAAACGCGGAAAAUGAACAUUUAGAUUUCAGGCCAGCAAAAAGAAAUUGAAAAAGUGCGCGUUUGUUGUUUUUGAAAUGUAUUACAUUUUGACAAAAGUUGGCCAAAACAAAUGCACUUGAAAACCAGCACUCAAGCAAACAGUUAAGAAGGUCACCACUGCCUGCGGCAACAAUUCAUUUAAAAACUUUUAAUAUUCACAAUUACACGACGUCGUGUGUCUUUUAGCAGCAGCAGCAGCAGCUGCAGCAGCAGAAACAAAAACAAAACGUUGAAAAAAGGGCAGAACGGAAGGAAGUGAACAAGUAGGAGGAAAGGAAGUAAUAACGAAAAAUACCUCGCGAGCUGCUUCUACUCGCUAAAGCCAAGGGUAAGGUGUUAAAACGUUAACGGUUCUUCUGCACAUUUCGCUUUUGCUGUUAAUGCAAACUAAAAUGGAAGAGGAAAAGUGAGAAUAGCAUACGAAAAAAGCACAGCAAGAAAUAACCAAAACACAAACAAACAACACAACAAACAAACGGCAAAUACGCCCCAAAGCGUUGAGGUAUUUCAAGAACCACAACAACAGCAACAAAUUUAUACUAAAAAUACAAAUUACACAAAGCGCUUAAGAGCAAAACACAUCAGCAAAGGCAGAAGCGAAGCGAGGAGGAAGAGGCAGCCAUUGGCAGCAGACAACAAUAAAAAUACUCAAAAUUACAUAUAACGAAAUUAAAAACGAAAAAUAACGUAGCGAAAGUAGCAGCAAUGGACAGCUGCUGGUGAUGCACACUGGCAAAAAAAAAAAACAGAAGAAAAUAUCAGAAAAAGCAAUUACUUAAUAAAAAUCUGAAAAGUGUGACAAAGGAAAUUUCCACACACAAAAACAAGCACCCGCGAGCAAAAAACCAACAAGGCACAACACAGCCGAACAAAGAGUCGAAAUGAUUGCAAAAUUUAUUUAUCAAAAUAUAAGCAAUACUUAAUAUUAACACGCAGCAAUAAGCAUACAAAAAACAAUAAACUAAAAAAAAAACAACAAUAAACUAAAAAAAAACUGCAAACAAAAAAAAACUGUGUCUCAAACUUUUUCUUGCUUUAUUUCUAAAGCAUUUCAUUGCAAAUUCUUAGUCAUUAGCAUAACCUUUUACCAGCGUAAGCGUGAAUUUUUCCUUAGCUCAAUUUUCAAACAAUUUGUAAUAUAUAAAAUAUAGAGUCAUAGAACUAUACAGAAAAACGGCAAAAAAUAGUGUAAUUUCAUUUCACAAUUGCAGCAUUUUUAUACAAGUCUCGCCAUUCCGGCAGCACAUGAAGUAAAUGAUAAAACACGAACAGCUCAAGUGCAGGCAUUGCAUAUUAACUGCAGCGCAUAACUAAAACACCACAAGACGAACAAAUAGCCUAAAGCAAAUAAAACAAAAACACUACUAAAAUAAAAAAAUAAUAAAAAAAACAGCCCGCAAUACAGUCAUCAUUCCAUUCGAUAACGACAACAAAACAAAGUGAAAAAGAAUAUCAAGAAAUUAUCAAAUAAAUAAUAUCAAUAGCAAAUACAUAUAUACCCACACACACUAUCACACACUGGUCGCAGCACUCCAUCCGCGAGUGUAGUGCUCGCAGCACUCUGAGCAUUAAACGCUGGGAGCACUGAGACCACACUCUCACCGUCCGAAACUGUCAUACGUGCGCCCCGCUCACACACCCGCAGACACAGGCGCUCCUACCUAGCUCAGCCACCCUUGAAGGAGAACACAACUACUCCCGCCGACUGGCGCUGCUGCUGCUGCCGCUGAAACACAACUCAACUCAAAACUCAGCAAUUGUGCCGCGUCGUACGGCAGCGAAGAGCGACAAUAGCGCUGUGGCGGCCCACCACCCAACACCAACCAAGCAACCAGCCAAGUCAAGUAACCAACCGCGCGAGCGAACAAACGUGCGGAGUCAAUGAGACAACGACGAGUCGGCCGCCGUCAGUCAGUGAGAUAAAGCUUAAACAGCGCCGAAAUCCAAAAGGAAGAAGUUUAAAUUAAUAUUGAACUUUGUUGAACCGUGACAAUUGACCACCAAUAAUCGUGGCCGCAAGUUCUCCAGCGCUCUUACAAAAAAUAUAAUAAAACUACGCACAUAAUAAAGAUAAAACAGCAAAAGAAGUUCGCUCUAGAACCGUUCGUUUAGGGAAAAAGUGAAAGCAUAAAAUCGAAUGUAAAAAGGAACUAAAAACGCAAAACGCCAUAGCAUUGAAUACCAGCAGACAAUAAGGCGAAUAAAAAGUGUGGUCCUGUGAUGGUGUAGUGGUGAGGAACGAGUAGAAAAAAAAAAGAAAACAAGAACAAGAAGAAGCACACAAGCAAAAUAAAUUUUCGAAGCACAUUUGUGUGGACGAGCACGCAAAGCCACCAAGUGUGAACCAAUGUGUUUAGACACAAUUUAAAAUACUUAGUAAAAAAUAAAAAAAGGCAAUAACUCAAAAAACAUAAGUGCAGACAUUCAGUUAAAAAUAUUGUGAGUCUGGUUGACAACGUAAAUUCCGCCAUUUAACCUAACUAAGUAGCAUUAAGACAAAACAAAUUAAAAUGGGUGAUACAAAUACUCUGGGUUCCGGUACGCGUCUACGUAAAUUCGAUCGCACGGACAGUGAAGUUGCGUGCGAAGAAGCCGCCCGCCUUACCGCCGACCUGCAAGAGGGCGCCGUCAGUCCGGACGACGAAGACGACCUCAGCGAGUAUGGCGAGCUGCCACCACCGCCGGACGGUGGUUACGGUUGGGUCAUCUGCUUUGCAUCGUUUAUGUGCAACAUGAUUGUCGACGGCAUCGCGUACACAUUUGGCAUAUUCCUCGGUGAAUUUGUAAAUUACUUUGGCGAGGGCAAGGGCAAAGUCGCCUGGGUAGGCAGUCUGCUGAGUGGCGUUUACCUGAGUGCUGGUCCGAUUGUGUCCGCGUUAGCAAAUAAAUUUGGUUGCCGCGCUGUGUGCAUCGCCGGCAGUGUGGUGGGAUGUAUUGCGUUUGUGUUGAGCACGAUGAGCACGUCCAUCAAUAUGCUGAUGGUGACGUAUGGUGUGAUCGGUGGUUUCGGGUUCGGCAUGAUUUACCUGCCCGCAGUUGUGGCCGUCGGUUAUUACUUUGAAACAAAGCGGUCGCUGGCAACUGGUAUCGCGGUGUGCGGUUCCGGUUUUGGUACUUUCGCUUUCGCGCCUUUGGCCACGUACUUGCUACAGUUGUAUGGCUGGAAGAACGCACUGCUAAUCUUUGCUGGUCUUAUUUUGAAUUGUGCCAUCUUCGGUGCCAUGAUGCGUCCGCUCACCUAUCCUAAAAAGAAAAAGGUCAAGCCGCUUAUGCAACGCAUGUACGAGGAGAAGCAGUUGCAAUUAGAGCGCGGCUCAAUUGCUGGUUCUCAUUUCAUGGUACAGCUGCCGGACGGUUCCAUGGAGCGCAAAAUGAAAAUGCCACUGAACGCUGAUCCUGGCGUACACUCCAGCCUGAACUUGGAGCUGCUCGCCCAGCAGGGUACUCUGCAUCCCGUCUCAACCUUACCAACCAUCACCGAAGCGAAAGUUGCCGAGUAUCAAACUGGUGCCCAGAGCCCGCCUACGGUGGACAGCAACGGUCAAUUGGAUGUGAAGCGCAGCGGCAAGAGAUCGCAUCGCAACUCUGAAACGGAAACGAGCCCCUACAAUUCCUCAGAUGCAAUGACACGCAACGCCUCACAGCCUGCCUUUAUGGCAGAUCAUCAAAGUCUUCCAAAGAACGGUUCGGUGCCUUCCUUCAAUCGCGUGCGCAAAACAUCAGCGAGCGAACGUUUCCAGCCUUCCUUGGCUGCUAUUCGGGCAUCAUCACGCGGCGACCUCGACAGCAAUGGUGUAGAAAUGGGUUUUACCUCAUCGAAAAUGUCGCUCUCACAACGCCAGGAUAGUGGCAAAAUGGUUAGACCGAUGUCGCGAAAAGAUAUCUUCUACUCGGGCUCCGUUACAAAUCUACCACAAUACCAAUCGCAAAAGUCCCUCACCAACUACCGCAACUCUGUUCUAUCGCUAACCAAGUAUGAAAAGAGCAUGCAAAGUGUGCGAGUGCUUGAUCCACUGGCCGAAGCUGAAAAAGGACGCGACCAAUACGAUCUUUGCCCGUGCCUCAGCAUACCCGACUCCAUCAAAUCUGUAUUUAACACAAUGCUGGACGUCAGCUUGUUGAAGGACCCAGUUUUUAUGCUUAUCGGCAUCUCCAACGUAUUCGGCAUGGCGGGACUGUACGUGCCAUUUGUGUAUCUUGUCGAUGCGGCCAAGAAGGACGGCAUCGAAGACAGCUCCGCAUCGUUUCUGCUCUCGAUUAUCGGCAUAACAAACACAUUUGGCAGGGUGAUUUGCGGCUACGUAGCCGAUUUUCCCAGCGUCGACUCCCUGCUGCUCAACAACGUUUGCCUCUUGGUCUCGACUGUCGCUGUGUCAUUAACGCCGCUUUGCUCUUCAUAUGGUGCCUACGUGACAAUGUCCAUUUUCUUUGGUGCCGCCAUAUCCGGCUACAUCUCACUCACGUCAAUUAUUCUCGUCGAUUUGCUAGGACUGGACAAACUGACCAAUGCAUUCGGCUUGCUCAUUCUAUUCAGAGGAUUCGCCGCCAUCAUUGGAUCACCACUUGCCGGCGCCGUUUACGAUGCAACACAGAGCUACGAUUUGCCUUUCUACAUGGCUGGCGGACUCUUCGCGUUAUCCACCAUCACGAGCUUCAUGGCGCCCUGUCUAAAGCGAUGGACGACCUCCGAUGAAGCACCAAUGCAAAUUGAUACACUCGAGCCGAUCGACGAGGAACAAGGCGAGGAAGUAGAGGAUGAGGAAGAUCAGCCCAUAACCAUCGUACCAAAAAUCGUGAAAACUCUACCCAGUCCACAGCGCGAAGAAGCGGAGAGAGAAUUUUCGGGUGAAACUAACAAAACUGGCGCCGAGUCGAAGUUAUAAGGGAAAUACAAUCAUGCACUGGAUAUUUAUUUGUUGAGUGUCAGGCGAACAAGCCAGUUAAAGGUUACGUGAACCUAAAAAGUGUCACGUCACAAACAAACUGCGUUUCAAGCAAACACAAAGGCACAUACAUACAUAAAUGUAAAGAGGAGGUAUGGUGUGACGCUGUCAAGACUACAAGCCACAGAGCGAUAUUUUUUUAAACAACUAUCCAAUAUAAAACUUGAAAAAGUGAAAUAAUCGCAGAACUUAUUCAAUAUUUAAGCCAACUUUUAAUACGCAUAUACACAAUACACUCACACAAACACACACAAAUUUAAAAUUCUAGCCUGCUAGUUAAUUAUUAAUAAUUUAUAGAAAUAAAAAAAAAGCAAAUCGAAACAAUAAAAGCUCGCAUUGCAACAUCGGGCUGAAGAGUGAGAAGAAGAAGAAGAGCUCAAUUCGAUGCCCACUCGUAAGGGUUUGCAUCUAUGCAAAAUGUUCUACAAAAUUUCUAACCAAAUUAUUGUACUGUACUAAUGUGUACGAAUAAUACUUAUUAAUGUGAAUGCAAAAGAAAAUGUUAAACAAUUAUUAUUAUUUGUUGUUAGGUGAAUUUCAGCAUUAUUAUAGAAUACAUGUAAAUUUGUAAAGAGAAAAUUCAAAUUGUAAAUUGAGAAGAGAUUUGAAGAAGCGAGGAGCUAUUCCGAGACUCGCUGCAAAUCCUUUUAAAUCGGUAAUGUACUUGAAGCUUAAGUGUAUAGUGCUAGGCAUACCAUAACAUGUAGAAUGAUGAGAGUGAAUGUGAAUGAAAGCGAAAAUAGUAUUGUUUGCAAAUCAACUCAAAACUAUAUACAUACAUACAUACAUACAUACGUAUGUAUUUAUACGUUAAUAUGUAAAUACUUUCGAUUCGAUGAAACAAUAAAAAAAAAACACUGUUAACUCGUUAAAAACGAUUUGGUCGAUGUGUCGAUUAUACAAUACAAAAAAUAUAUAUGCAUACAUACAUACUUACAUACAUAUAUAGCUGUCCAGAAGUCAGUCAGUUAAAUAAUGCACUUAUACAUUUUUUAGAAUUUUCCUAAAUGCGCCUUCUUUUCCAGCUAUCUUUUUUGAUAUUUAUUACAAAGUGCUCAAACCGAAAAGCGUUUUGCGAUUGUGAAGAGGAUAUUUUUACGCGUACAAUACAACCUGGGUGGUAGGAAGAGUAUUCAUUCACCUCAGUGCGUAUUGUAAAUUUUUUAUUUAAGUAGGUUUUAAUUGCAAAUGCAAAUGCAAAUGAAAAUAGAAUUAACGAAACGUUUAUAAAACUGCAAACAAAAAAAAAACUAAAACAAUGUGAAGCAACGGAAUCAAUAAGCACAGCGUUUAAGCUGGCCGGCCCGAAUUCUAGGCAUAUACAUACAUACGCAUAUGUAAAAGCAAAGUACUAAUUACAUAUAAUAUAAUAAUAAAUAACUAGCUAUAAGUAUACAAAGUCUUAACAAAAGGAGAAUGAAUAAUGUAAUUGGAAAAUGUACAAAAUAAACAGUAAAAUGGGAAAAUUCGAUGUUUAAGAAAUUGUUAUUAGUAUUAUUUAGAAAAAAAUUCAAUUGAAGACGAAAUGUAGUAGUAAUGACGAAUAUUUUAAUAUGAUUUCGAUUUCGCCAUUGUAUGAAUUUUUGCAAAUGGAUGUCCAUCAGUUUUGAAAAUAAGCAAAUAGUUUCUAAAAUUGCCAGUCUCCGAUAAAAAAAAAAAAUAUUGCUGCAGUUUUUUGUUGCAUAGAAUACUGUGAGAUAUGUGUAAUAAAUAUGCAAUGCAUGAUUUGCCAA